AUGACUGCACCGCAGGGUAAUCUGGGAGAUUUUCCCCUUUUGGCUCCGGCCCAUCCUGUUGUCCCUGCUGUUCAGACUCCUCUCUGGGGAAGUGGAGUUGAUGCAGAAACCUCUGCAGCUGGCCAAGACUUAACUGGAGCUCCUAUAGUCCCAGCUCAAGCCUCCAUCUCAGCUCCAGCCCAAGUUGAAACUCAAGCCCCAGCACAAACCCCAGCUGUGCUCCCAGCACAAAACCAACCACCAAUCCCCGUAUCAGCUCAAGCUGCAGUCAUGCCUCAAACUCCAGCUUCGACCCAAGUUCCAACAGCAGUGCAACCCAUAGCCUCAGCCCCAGUUCAAGCACCGGUCUCUGCACCAGGUCUCGCUUUUGAAUCACCAAAAGGCUCAUCAACAAGCUCAGAUACAUCCUCUGCAACUGGUAAACCCAAACUCUCAGUCCCAAAUUUAGGUUCUGCCUCAGUAUCUGUCACGCUGCCAGCCCCAGCUCCUGUCGCAUCUCCGGCUCUGCAGCCUGCUGGCAUCCAGACAGCAGCCUCAGUGUCUGAGGGUGCCAGCCUGCCCACAACUCAGCAAAACCUCCAGUCAACAUCUGCAUCCAGCACCCUUCAACAAGAGCCCUGUGUGGAGGAUGUGCUUCAGGACAAACCUGUAGCUUUACCCAGUUAUACCUAUGACAGUAUCAACUCUGAUGUGGCGUCUGGUAAGGAGACAAGUGAUGGCUAUGACAGCUUGGCUAGUGGAGGGAAGGGGGACGGAAAACCCAGGAAACACCACCGCAAGUCUGCCCGCACACGCUCCCGACAAGAAAAGACCAGUAAACCCAAACUGAGCAUGCUGAAUGUUUGCAACACCGGAGAUAAAAUGGUCGAAUGCCAGCUGGAGACUCACAACCACAAAAUGGUGACAUUUAAAUUUGACCUGGACGGAGACGCUCCAGAGGAAAUUGCCACUUACAUGGUAGAGAAUGGGUUUAUCCUCCUGUUAGAGAAGGAGAUCUUCAUUGACCAGCUAAAGGACAUUGUGGACAAAGCUGAAGACAUGCUGAAUGAAGACAUGGAGGGGGAGAGGGCCUCCACGCUGAGCUGUAGUCCUGAACAAGGCCAGAUUUCUGAGGGGCUGGUGGGAGAG